AAGCAGGCGAACAGGCAGUGUCGCUCGCUUAGUCAGAAAACAGCGCUACCACCAUCACUCAACAGACCGCUGUAGUCUGUAGUCGUCGGUGACGUCGGCAGAUGAAACGAACGACGACUGUAUCAUAUCAGUGCUCACGAACUUAGGCGCGCUGCUGGGCUAAGCGAAUCUCCAGAACCACCACCGGCCACCAUACUUUCAACGCGUUGGCUGAUCAAAGUGUGGAUUUGAACUUAGAAUCAACAGGCCAUACAGUGGGUGGAAAAGAAUAAUUUCAUACAUUUUUUUUAUCGGCAUGGUGCUGCGUUGACUUUAAGGGAUUCUCAUGUGUAUAUAAAAAUGACAAACAUAAUCGUUUCUCAGAAGUACUGUCUUAAUGUUUUGGUGUCUCAAUUAAUUUAAAACAAAAUUGUGUUCCUAAAAAGGAAAACAAAAAAAUCAAAAAAGAAUCAUCUCUGGAUAAUAUAAAAAUAACAUUAAAAGUACUCAGCUGACUUCAUAAGUUCUCUUAAAAUUUAAAAUGGGACGAAAGAGCAAAGCAAGGGCAAAAGGCAAACAAAUCGCAUCUGCCAGGGAAAGACAGAUUGCCCAAAGGUCAAGGCUACUUAUGCAAGGCCAUGUUACAGAACUCGUUAUCAGACACCAUUCGCAUGAUUUAAAUUCGGAAGGCCCGUCAACAAGUCGCACUAUUCGAAAACCUAAGCCUACUGGGAUGGGAUUCUUUUAUCUAGACCUUAAAGGCGCAUUCGCAGACGCCUUUUAUAGCGACAACACAGUGAAUGUCCCGAAGUUAGGGAAUAUUUUCAAGGCGGAGAAUUUUGAAGCAAACGUAGAACCCAUUCCGAAAAUUGGCAACAACACCAAAACUGAUAUAGAGGAAACGUUAAUUAUUUUGAAAGUCUGCCAACUGCGUGCACAAAUUGUAAAAAUAGAAGAAGAAAAAAAAAUUAGAUUAGCUGGAAAUGCUGUAAGCCCACACACACGCGCUAAGCUUUCGAAAUUAGAUUAUGUACAGGAAGGCAUACGAAGAGACAUCCGUACAAUGAGAGCGCAACUCAGGAGUAUGCGCCAAACCGGCUUAGAACAGCUAAGUGGCAGCGAAAAGAAUUCGGAUUGCUUCGUAAUUGUAGAUGAACAUGGUGAAAACAUAUCGGAAGAAGGGGCAGCUGUGAAAUUCAGGGAGCCCAACAAAAUGCACGAACUAAUUAAAAGGGAGUUUAGAGCAGCUUUUUAUGAGAACAUGGCUGCCCAUCUGGAGGGUGUUUACCCAUGGCAAGGCGUCGGCGCGAAAAUGGUAAAUUGUUCGUCGUCACAACGUGUAGUUGAGGACCAUGCUGAUAUAUUGGCGAGAGCUAUAAAAGUAAUAGAAUCGCGUAUAUUGGACUGUGACAACGGCAAAGCGGUCAACUUGAAAGAUGAAAAAGAAAAUUAUUACCCACAAUUGGAUGGUCUUUAUCCAACUUCCUCUACUAGAUGCGAAAAUAUUGAAGAUUUGGACGAAAGCUUUUUCUUAGACUCUCCAACUUCUUUAAGAGAUAGUUGCAUUAUCAUAAAUUCAGACGGUGAAAAGAUGUGCAAACAGGAGUUUGAGAAAUUUUUUACAAGAGAGUCAUGAUAGGCCAUAUUGAGUACGCAAUUUAUUGCGAAGUCAACAUUAAGUCGAUAAGAGACCGGUUAAUUUACAAAUAACAAUGUUGAUUAAAAAAUUCUGAAUGACACAAAUGUGAAAAUUAUAUUUAAAUGUUCUAAAAAUAGAAGAUACUAUAUUGCCAAUUUUUAAAUAAACGAGAGAUUUAUGUGUGGUUUUAAUGGU